GUGUGAUUUUGUUAUUCGUUGGGAAAAAAAUACUGUAGGCAGGUUAGCUAGCUAGCUGCCCUUCCCUCUCUCCUGUCAGAUUUUUGUUACUAAUUUAUGUGUACUGUGUUAAAACUUAGUAGUCUGUUGAAAAAAGUAAUCGCAUUAUAGUGGACCGUUGUUUUGUUGUCGCGCACGGUCAACUGAGAAAUAGUGCCGAUCUGAACUGUCAUUUUUGGUGAGUGUAGAUUUCAAAAGCUAGCCAGCUACGUUUCAUUGACUGGAAUCUCCAGUUCUGAGAGGCCUCUCCCUUCUUUUAAGAAGGGUGGAAGAGGCAACAACAUCAAUAUAGAUAGCUGGCCGGCUAAGUAACGUUAUAUAUUUUUUAUUUUACGUAGUGUUUGCUGUGUGACUUUCUCGAUAGUUUCUACGAAAUUAACGUUACUCGGCUUACUCGGUGGUUAUUGCAUGUAGGAUAGCAGCCUGCUAUUUAGCUAACUAUCUAGCAGUAGCUAGCUAAAUGGCGUCAGAUAGUGACACAGAAGAAUUUUAUGAUGCUGCGGAAGAUGUCAAUUUGACUCCCUCUCCAAAUGUAUCGCCUGCAAAGUUUGUACUUCCCUCUGCAAAGGAUGGUGAGGAGAGCCCAGCACAGCCCUCCCAGGAGCCCCGGCCUGAUGAUUCCCUCCAGAUCAUUGACAGCAUCAUCGAGGAGAGCCAGAAGGAGAGCACUGUGGAGGAGUCGAUGCUGACGGAGGAGAGGGGGGCCGCCGCCGAGCAGGAUGCGGGGGCGGGACCCGGGGGCGGACCUUCAGAAGCCCCGCCCCCCGAGGAGGAGCCCAAAACCGAGAGCCUGAGCGCAGAGGAGCCGAGAGCGGCGGCUGACGGGCGGCAGGACUUACCGGCCGCGGGCUCCGCCCCCGGGGCGGUGGGUGAACCCUGCCCCUCGGCCGCCCCCCCGCCCGAGGGGGUGAGACCCCCGGACAUCACCAGCGCCCUGGUCCCGGAGCAGCCCCAGGCCCCCGCGCAGGAGGGCGAGGACCCCAGGAGAGCCGACAUUCUGGAGCAGGUCUCUCUGGCCGAUAAGCUGGCGGACCACGACCCCUCGGCCCCCCGGAAGCCCCCGCGGCAGUGCACGGUGGAGCCGGACAUCGUGGCCAGCACAAAAAAGCCUCCGCCCCUACGGCCGCCCCCUCCCGGCGGAGCGCCCCCGCCCCGGCCCCCUCCCCCCUCGCGUCCCGCGCCCCCGCCCCGAAAGAAGACCCAGGAGGGGCUGCGGCCGACAGGGCUAGAGGGUAACUUACUGCUGUGGGGUCAGCCCAGGGGAGAGCCCCCGGAGCUGCAGCACUCUCUGGACCUGGCCAGCGCCACCAGCGGAGAUAAAGUAGUGACUGCCCAGGAGAGCGGGAAAGCGGCGGACGGGCAGAACUCCGCCCCCAGCGGCGGCGAGGCGGCGGGCCCCCAGCGACCGCGCUCCAACUCGGGCCGCGAGAUGACGGACGAGGAGAUCCUGGCCAGUGUGAUGAUCAAGAACCUGGACACGGGGGAGGAGAUCCCCCUGAGCCUGGCGGAGGAGAAGCUGCCCACCGGAAUCAACCCCCUCACGCUCCACAUCAUGAGGAGAACCAAAGAAUACAUAACGAAUGACGCGGCUCAGUCGGACGAUGAGGACAAGGCUCAGUCGCACCUCUCGGACACAGACGGAGGAAAGCUCAAACAGAAAACCACACAGCUGAAGAAGUUCCUGGGGAAAUCUGUAAAGAGGGCCAAGCACCUGGCGGAAGAGUACGGUGAGAAGGCUGUGAACAAGGUGAAGAGCGUCCGUGAUGAAGUCUUCCACACGGACCAAGACGACCCCUCCUCCAGCGAUGACGAGGGCAUGCCCUACACCAGGCCGGUCAAAUUUAAGGCGGCCCACGGCUUCAAGGGUCCUUUCGACUUCGACCAGAUACGGGUGGUGCAGGACCUGAGCGGGGAGCACAUGGGAGCGGUUUGGACCAUGAAGUUCUCUCACUGCGGAAGGCUGCUGGCCUCGGCGGGUCAAGAUAACGUGGUGCGCAUCUGGGUCCUAAAGAACGCCUUCGACUACUUCAACAACAUGAGGAUCAAGUACAACACGGAAGGUCGCGUCUCUCCAUCCCCUUCCCAAGAGAGCUUGAACUCCUCCAAAUCGGACACAGAUGGCGGGGUCAGCAGCAACGCGGAGGAUCCUGACACUGAGGACCGGAAUGUUCCUUUCCGGCAGGUCCCCUUCUGCAAGUACAAAGGGCACACGGCUGACCUCCUGGAUCUGUCCUGGUCAAAGAACUACUUCCUGUUGUCCUCGUCGAUGGAUAAGACUGUUAGGCUGUGGCACAUUUCCAGAAGAGAAUGUCUGUGCUGCUUUCAGCAUAUAGACUUUGUGACAGCCAUCGCUUUCCACCCCAGAGAUGACAGGUACUUCCUGAGCGGCUCAUUGGAUGGGAAGCUGCGUCUGUGGAACAUUCCGGAUAAGAAGGUGGCCCUGUGGAACGAGGUCGACGGGCAGACUCGCCUCAUCACCGCCGCCAACUUCUGCCAGAACGGAAAGUACGCGGUCAUCGGCACCUACGACGGCCGCUGCAUCUUCUACGACACGGAGCACCUUAAGUACCACACCCAGAUUCACGUUCGGUCCACCAGGGGCAGGAACCGGGUCGGCCGAAAAAUCACCGGGAUUGAGCCGCUGCCCGGAGAGAACAAGAUCUUGGUGACCUCCAAUGAUUCCCGGAUUCGCUUGUAUGACCUGAGGGACCUGUCUCUGUCCAUGAAGUACAAGGGAUAUGUGAACAGCAGCAGCCAGAUAAAGGCUAGCUUCAGUCACGACUACUCGUUCAUCGUAAGCGGCUCGGAGGACAAAUACGUUUACAUCUGGAGCACCUACCACGACUUGAGCAAAUUCACUUCUGUACGGCGAGACCGCAAUGACUUCUGGGAAGGAAUUAAAGCCCACAACGCGGUGGUGACGUCGGCCGUCUUCGCUCCCAAUCCCGGCCUGAUCGUGUCGCCGGAGGCCUGCAGCGCGGAGAAGCCGGAGGCGGAGCUCAUGAGCACGGACCCGGCCGACGGCGAGACCAUCCCCUCAGGUGCCCUGAAGACCGACCACACUGAAGUCCUCCUCUCAGCGGACUUCACCGGCGCCAUCAAAGUGUUCGUCAAUGUGAAGAAGUAUUAAGCACAAACGCCCGCAUCCCGGUGUCCCACCUGUCGCUUACUGAGACCCCGCCUCCCACACACUGCCCCCCCCCCCAAGACUUAAUGACGGAGGAGUCCCGAGUCCUGUGUUGGAGAACUCGCAUACAUUCGCUGUGUGUGUGUGUGUGUGAGUCAUGUGCUGCCCUGCACGUGGAGAGUCUAACAUUUUCACUGGUCCCCACAAGGUGUGUGUGUGUGUGUAAAUCCACGUGAGGAAUUGUGGGACAUCCCUGGUGUCCCUGCACACACAAGGAUGAUGGUGUGCGGAAUGAGAAAAUGUCCAAGGAAUAUGUAUGGGGAAAAGGGUGUUACGGACUGACAUGUCACUUUGCCUUCUAUUAUUAUUUCUUUGGCGUUAAUUUUGUUUUGUUGGUUGGUGGUAGGGCCGAAAAGGAACAAAUAUAACUACGGUGUGUAGGAACAGAAUUAUUCAUGGGAGGUCCUUUCAGUCAACGCUACUUGAAAGAUGUAGAGGUAAGGGCAAGUCGGUGGUGUUAGGCAGGGAAUCAGUCCUACACACUCAAAGCCCCCCAGCACACAGCUUUCCAAAGUGUCCGCACAAGGUGUUACCGCCACGUUUUCAUAUCUUACUAGCACCACCUCCCUUUAGUUCGGUUCCUGAUCCUCUUUUUCACGUCAUGGUAUUAGUGUUUCCUUUUGGAGAUUGUUGUAAAAAUGUUGACCCUUUUUUUUUAUAUAAAUAUAAUAAUUUGUUUUUAAUAUUCAUUCAACAAUGAGUUUGGUGGUUUAUUUAGAGCAGGGCUGCCCAACCCCGUUCCUGGAUAUCUAAGUGUCCUGUAGGUUUUCACUCCAAUCCUAACAAAGCGCACCUCGUUCAACAGCUAUAGAUAUCGUCGGAGCUGUUCAUUGGUAGAAUCAGGUGUGCCAAAUUUGGAUAGAAAUGAAGCCCUACAGGACGGGUGACCUCCAGGAACAGGGCUGUGCGGUCGUGAGUUAGAGCUUUGUUAAAACAGAUUGUUACAUGCUGUAAAUACUGGGUAGGGGAAACGCCAAUGACGUAACGGUUGCGGGUUGAGCGCCUGAGACUUGUUAUUGAUGGUCAAAGAUCAGUCAAAUGAAAGAAAAUGUAUAAAUACAGAAUAAUAAAAAAGUGAUCACAAA